GUUCGCGUUGUCAAUUUAUGGUAAUUUGUGUCAACUUUGUGUCAAAGGUUACUUUAUUAUUUACAAAAUUUAUAGAUGGUGGUCGCUACACGCCGGUGGUGAUAAAAAGUCAUUUGCUGUACAGUAUUUUAAAUUACGUUAUGUUGUCCACUAGCACAUGGUUGAGGUCCUCACUGAUAAAGAGGUUACCAAGGUUACCAAGAGCAUCUUAUCAUGCUAAAACAGGAAUCUAUGGUUAUAACCCUUCUGCACAACAGAUGCUGGAAAACAACCAAGUUAAUGAAGUAACUCUUUUAAAAAGGAUUCAAAAUUCGUCCUUAGUACAACUUGUAGAAGCAUAUCGAAGACAUGGACAUAAAAAGGCUACGAUUGAUCCACUUGGCUUGCAGGUACUCAGACCAACACCAGAAUUGAAUCCUGAAUUGUAUGGCCUGGAGAGAUCUAACAAAUAUGACUUGAGUGGUAUUUUGAACACAGCUGAUUGCAGUAGUGUGUCUCUAGAGGGUGCUGUUGCUGCAUUGGAGUCUAUUUACUGUUCAACAACAUCAGCAGAGUUUGCUCAUCUGGAGACUUUAAAAGAAAGAGAAUGGUUUGCUCAGAAAUUUGAAGAAAGCAGAACUUGGCAGUUGAGUGAUGAUGAGAAGAAGAAAAUAGCAUCACUUCUUGUGAAAUCACAGGCUUUCGAUAAUUUUGUGGCAAAUAAGUUCACUACUGUUAAGAGAUAUAGCGGAGAGGGGGCGGAGAGUAUGAUGGCCUUCUUUAAUGAACUCUUUAGUUUAGCAGCACAAUCGAAUAUUGAGCAAGUGAUGAUUGCAAUUGCACAUAGAGGGCGCCUCAACCUGUUAACAGGUCUACUAGACUUCCCAACAGAACUCAUGAUUCGGAAGAUGCAGGGAAAGAUGGAGUACCCCGAUACAGCUCCAUGUACUGGUGAUGUCUUGUCACAUUUAUACCAAUCAGUAGAUAUAGAAUACGAAGGAAAACAAGUUCAUGUCAGCUUAAUACCAAAUCCAUCUCAUCUAGAGGCUAAUGUGCCUGUUGUUAUUGGAAAAGUAAGGGGGAGGCAGCAGACUUUACAGGAGGGAGAUUAUUCAUCAGGUGAAGAAUCUGUUGUUGGGGAGAAAGUAUUAUGUGUCCAGGUCCAUGGUGAUGCUGCACUUUCUGCACAGGGUGUUAUCCAAGAAUCAUUAGGACUAUGGAAUCUCCCCCAUUACAGAGUAGGAGGGUCCAUUCAUCUUGUUGUUAAUAACCAGUUGGGCUUCACCACACCUGCUGAACAGGGGAGGUCUUCUCUAUACAGUACUGAUAUUGCCAAAAUUAAUGAUUUUCCAGUCUUGCAUGUCAACGGUGAUCAUCCAGAGGAAGUUGUCAAAGCAGUCAGACUUGCCAUGAGUUAUAGACAAACAUUUGGUAAAGAUGUAUUUGUUGAUUUGAUGUGUUUCCGGCGCUGGGGCCACAAUGAAUUGGACAAUCCGUCUUUUACCAACCCCAGUAUGUAUUCCGUUAUUGACACAAAGCCAAGUGUGCCAGAUGCCUAUGUAGACAAAUUAUCUGAAGAAGGCAUAAUAGAUAAAAAAGAUAUUGCCAAAGAAGUGUCCUUGUACCAAGAUACACUUAACAAUUCGCUGAAAGAAGCAGAAACAUACCAACCAAAGCAGUUCCACCUACAAGCCCACUGGAAAGGAUUUGUAGAUGCACCUUCACACAUUACCACCUGGGAUACAGGUGUUGACCCUGAACUUUUGCGAUUUAUAGCAGCAAAAUCAGUUGAAGUUCCAGAAAAUUUUAAAGUUCAUUCAACCCUAUUGAAAAGUCAUAUUGGUGCCCGAAUGAAAAAGCUAGAAGAAGGAACCAGCCUGGAUUGGGCUACUGCCGAAGCUAUGGCUAUUGGUUCACUACUGGCCCAGGGUUUUAACGUUCGUAUCAGUGGUCAAGAUAUAGGCCGCGGUACUUUCAGUCAUCGUCAUGCUAUGUUGAUUGAGCAGGAUAGCAACAGUAUGUACAUACCCUUCAACAAUAUUGUCGGUGAUCAAAGACAUUUUUUAGAGGUUGCUAAUAGUCCUCUGUCUGAAGAAGCCGUCCUUGCAUUUGAGUAUGGCAUGAGUAUUGAGAAUCCCAAGUCAUUAAUCAUAUGGGAAGCACAGUUUGGGGAUUUUUACAAUGGUGCUCAAAUCAUCAUUGAUACAUAUGUAACAGCAGGAGAAGUGAAAUGGCUGUUGCAGAGCGGUCUAGUCAUGAUGCUUCCACAUGGAUUUGAUGGAGCUGGUCCUGAACACUCCUCCUGCCACAUGGAGAGGUUCUUGCAGGCCUGUGACAGUAAAGAGAAUGGAAUAGAUGGAGAUAAUGUCAACAUUCAACUUGUACAUCCAACCACACCUGCUCAAUAUUUCCAUCUUCUCCGACGACAGAUGGUACGCAACUUCAGAAAGCCGCUUAUCAUGGCAUCUCCAAAGGUUUUGCUUAGACUCCCUGCAGCCACCUCUAGUUUAAGUGAACUAGCACCUGGAACAAGUUUCCAGCCUGUAAUUGGGGACCAGCUUGCUGAUUCAAAUAAAGUUGAUAAGGUUAUAGUCUGUUGUGGCAAGCAUUACUAUGCUUUAGUGAAUGAGAGGCAACGAUUACAAGCAGACAAUAUAGCUAUUGUCCGAGUUGAGCAGCUAUGUCCAUUUCCUGCCGAAGAAAUCCAAAAGAACCUCUCAAAAUUCCCAAAUGCCCAAAAGAUUAUUUGGAGUCAGGAGGAACAUCAGAACAUGGGAGCAUGGUUCUUUGUUGCACCUCGAUUCACUAAUCUUGUUGGCUGCAAUCUUUCUUAUGCCGGACGAGGGCCUCUGGGCACACCCGCAGUAGGCGUCGGCCAACUACAUCAAGAAGAAGUGAAGAUGGUGAUGGAGAAGACAUUCAGCUUAUAACGGAAAUUAUAAUUGUACACUUAAAUUAUUAUUUUCUAUUGUGUAUCUAUACAGGGUGUAAAGAUUUUUUGUUUAGUUAAUCAUUUUGGUUAGUAUGAUUAAGUUUUUUUUAAGGUAUUUCUUGUUUUAAUUUUCUAUAUUAGUUUUAAGCAUCCAAUUGAGACAACUUUUUUUGUUUAAAUGUGGAAGUGAUAAUAGAAAUACAAAAACAUUAGAGCUGUGUUACCAUGGUAAAGUAUCCAGCACAGUUGUUCUGUCUGUAAAGAGCCCUCCAUAUUGGAGGUAUGGUUUUUUAAAAUUCAGUUUAGAGCAAAUAAAAUCGUUUAAUAAUCAAGAAAUGAUAACAUUUACAGAUUGAUAUACAAUGAUAUAGUUUCUGUAUAUCUGUAUAUGACAAAUAUAUGUUAUAACAAUAAUGAUAUGACAAGGGUAAAGGUAGGAGAAUAAUCCAUAACUUGCAGCGUCAA